AUCACUUCUUGUUUUUGAAACAGCAGCAGGCUCUGCGGAAUGGCUCUGUGAGGCUCGGAGCACAGGGCAGGGAGGCACCGGCAGGAGGGACGCCGAGCUUGGCGGCAGCUGCGUGAGGCUCGCAAUGAGUCCUGUUUGGCUCUUUUUUCAGCCGUGAGGCCUUCAAGGAGGCCGAAGGGCAAAUGGCCUCCUAGUGGAAACCGGGAAGCGUUGAGGCGUCUUUUGCAGCAGGAGCGGGUCUGGGGACUUCAGUGCUGGCCAGGCAAAGCAACUCAAACUUGAAGAAAUGAAACAUCCAGGGAGAACCACAUUGUGCUUCGUGAUCCUUGUGAUUUAUUCUUCCCAAGUCACAGCGACCUGGAAUAUAGAGUCUACUAUUCAUCCUUUGAAUCUCCAGGAGCAUGGACUAGCAGGGGAGGAGCCACUGAGGCAGAAACGAGAGGUUGCCACGAGUCGUCCUCCAGUGAAAGAGUACACUGUUGAUAUUGAGAUCAGUUUUGAAAAUGCCUCCUUCCUGGAUCCUGUCAAAGCUUACCUGAACAGCCUCAGUUUCCCAAUUCAAGGCAAUGACACUGACCCCGCUGCCAACAUUUUGAGCAUAGAGGUGACAACAGUCUGCAGACCUACUGGAAAUGAAAUCUGGUGCUCCUGCGAGUCAGGCUACAGGUGGCCUCAGGAGCAGUGCCUUCACAAUCUCACUUGUCAAGAGCAUGACAACGCCCCUGCAGGGCGUUGCAAUUGCCUUAAAGGGCUGCCUCCCAAUGGACCUUUUUGCCAGCUCCAGAGAGAAAUAACCCUGAGAAUGUCAGUCAGACUCAACGUGGGCUUUCAAGAGGACCUCAGGAACACCUCCUCUGCCCUCUAUAGGUCCUACAAGACUGACUUGGAAACAGCGUUCUGGAAAGGUUACAGUAUUUUACCUGGCUUCAAAUUGGUGACUGUGACAGGGUUCAGGCCCGGAAGUGUGGUUGUGGCAUAUGAAAUCAGAACUACAACACCAUCCCCUGGAUUAAUGCACAGAGCGAAUGAGCUGGUCACACAGAACCUCAAUCAGACCUACAAGAUGGACUUCACUUCCUUCCAAGCAGUGACUAGUAAUGAAACCAGGUUCUUUGUCACACCCGAAAUCAUCUUUGAAGGGGAUACGGUAACUCUGGUGUGCGAAAACGACGUUCUGUCCUCCAACGUGUCCUGGCACCACGUGGGGAGGCACGCCAACAUCCAGAACGGCAGCCGGUUCUGGGUGUACACCACCGUGCUCAACAACCUGACCUCCGUGUCGCGCCUCACCGUGUUCAACAUCACCCUGGGGGACGCGGGUGAAUAUAUUUGCAAACUGACCAUGGAUAUUUUUGAAUAUGAGUCCAGAAAAAAGAUUAAUGUGACCCCCAUCCGAAUUUUUGCAAGUGAAGACAUGAAGGUGACAUGUGACAACAGUCCCGUGUCUCUGAACUGCUGCAGUGAGAUCAAUGUGAACUGGAGCAAAGUGGAAUGGAAGCAGGAGGGGGAGAUAACCAUUCCAGGAAACUCUGAAGAAGACUCAGAUUCCAGCUGCAGCAGGUACACCCUCAAGGCUGACGGGAGUCAGUGUCCCAGCGGGUCGGCCGGAAGGACAGUCACCUACACGUGUGAGUUCAUCAGUUUCCACGGAGCCCGAGGCAGUAAGAACAUAGAAGUGACAUUCACGUCUGUGGCCAACUUAACAAUAACCCCGGACCCAAUUUCUGUUUCUGAGGGACAAAACUUUUCUAUAAAGUGCAUCAGUGAUGUGAGUAACUAUGAUGAGGUGUAUUGGAAAACUUCUGCUGGAAUUAAAAUACACCAGAGGUUUUACACCACAAGGAGAUAUGCUGAUAAAGCGGAGUCAGUGCUGACAGUGAGGAGCUCGACAAGGGAGUGGAACGGAACCUAUCAAUGCAUAUUUAGAUAUAGGAAUUCAUACAGUGUCACCACCAAAGAUGUCACUGUUCCGCUGCCUCAGGAGUCGAACACAAAAGAAGUUCAUGGAAAGCAAGCGUGCUACACAUUCAAUUUCAUAGCAAAAUCAAUAGUUUCCUGGUGUCCAAAACAUGUCGACGUGUUCUGCCACUUCACCAAUGCCGCUAAUAAUUCAGUCCGGAGUCGGUCUAUGAAGCUGAAUCUGGUGCCUGGAGAGAACAUCACAUGUCGAGAUCCCAUAAUUGGUGUGGGGGAGCCUGGGAAAGUGAUUCCGAAGCUCUGCCGGUUCUCGAACCUGUCCAGCAGCCCUGCGAGUCCUGUUGGUGGGGUCGUGACCUACAAAUGUGUGGGCUCCCAAUGGGAGGUGAAGACAAGCGACUGCAUCUCUGCCCCAAUAAACAGUCUGCUCCAGUUGGCCAAGGCUUUGAGCAAGAGUCCCUCUCAGGACAAGAAGCUGCCUACAUACCUGAAGGACCUUUCUGUCAGCACCGACAAGGUGGCACAUGAAGUCAGUUCAUCUCCGGGGAACCUGGGAGCCAUUGUUAACAUCCUUGAUUUGCUCUCAACAGUUCCGAUCCAAGUGAAUUCAGAAAUGAUGACGAACGUUCUCUCUACGGUCAAUGUCAUCCUCGACAAGCCCAUCCUGAGUACGUGGAAGGUGUUACAACAGCAACAGACCAAUCACAGCUCACAGUUACUAGAUUCGGUGGAAAGAUUUUCCCGAGCACUACGGUCAGAAAAUAGCACCGUUUUGUCCAUCUCCCACACGAACGUGCAGAUGAGGGGCAUGGUAAUAAAAUCUGGCUCUCCAAAACCCUACCAACAGAAGUUUGUUUUCUCAGACUCCGACCUCUGGGGCGAUGUGGCUAUUGACGAGUGCCAUGUGGAGAACCUGCAGCCAGACACAUCUAUUGUCACCGUGGCUUUCCCAACUCUCAAAACCAUCCUCGCCCAGGAUACUCAGGGGAAGAAUUUUGCCAACAGCUUAGUGAUGACAACCACUGUCAGCCACAAAAUAACCGCUCCAUUCAGGAUUUCAAUGACUUUUAAGAACAACAACUCCUUACGUGGGAAACCACAAUGUGUCUUCUGGAACUUCAGCCUCGCCAACUAUACAGGAGGGUGGGAUAGCAGUGGGUGCUAUAUGAAAGUCGAUGGGGACAGUGUCUUGUGCAGCUGUGACCACCUAACAUCAUUCUCCAUCCUCAUGUCUCCUGACUCCCCGGACCCUGAUUCUCUCCUGAAAAUACUUUUGGAUAUCAUUUCCUACAUUGGGUUGUGCUUUUCCAUCCUGAGCUUAGCAGCCUGUCUAGUUGUGGAAGCUGUGGUGUGGAAGUCAGUGACCAAGAAUCGGACUUCCUAUAUGCGUCACAUCUGCAUAGUGAACAUUGCAGCCUCCCUUCUGGUUGCUGACAUCUGGUUCAUUGUGGCCUCCACCAUCCGGGACCAUCACUACGUACUCAAUGAGACAGCUUGUGUGGCUGCCACCUUCUUCAUCCACUUCUUCUACCUCAGCGUCUUUUUCUGGAUGCUGACUCUGGGCCUCAUGCUCUUCUACCGCCUGGUUUUCAUCCUGCAUGAUUCAAGCAAAUCCAUUCAGAAAGCUAUUGCAUUUUCUCUCGGCUAUGGCUGCCCUCUUAUCAUCUCAGUCAUCACAGUGGGUGCCACUCAGCCUAGGGAAGUCUACACACGGAAGAAUGCCUGUUGGCUCAACUGGGAGGAUACCAAGGCUCUGUUGGCCUUCGUCAUCCCAGCGCUGAUCAUCGUGGUGGUGAACAUGACCAUCACGGUUGUGGUCAUCACCAAGAUCCUGAGACCUUCCAUUGGAGACAAGCCCAACAAGCAGGAGAAGAACAGCCUGUUUCAGAUCACCAAGAGCAUUGGGGUCCUCACACCACUCUUGGGGCUCACCUGGGGUUUUGGCCUCGCCACUGUGUUCCAGGGAAGCAAUGCUGUGUUCCAUAUUGUGUUUACCCUCCUCAAUGCCUUCCAGGGACUAUUCAUUCUGCUCUUUGGGUGCCUCUGGGACCAGAAGGUACAGGAAGCUUUGCUGAAAAAGUAUUCUCUGUCAAGAUGGUCUUCACAGCACUCCAAGUCAACAUCCCUAGGUUCGUCGACACCUGUAUUUUCUAUGAGUUCUCCGAUAUCAAGAAGAUUUAACAAUUUGUUUGGUAAAACAGGAACCUACAAUGUUUCCACCCCGGAAACAACCAGCUCAUCCUUGGAAAACACAUCCAGCGCUUAUUCGUUGCUCAACUAAGAACAGGAGAAUCCAACCCAUGUGACUCUCGGGAAACAGUGGCUGUGCUCUCAAAAAGAGAUCCUUUCAAAGCCCUGGGAAACGCAUCUCCUCCACAGGCUUCUGGGAGCUGAUGCCGAAGAGACUUUUUCAGUAGGGAAGAGCCUUUCUUGUGUAAAGAGGGAUGAAAAUUAAUUGUUCCAUUUAUUUUGCUGCCCCACCCCCACCCUUUGUGUGAUACCAAAUGUGUAUAGUAUUUAAGUGAAACUCAACUUUCCCAAAGCCCAACUCUCUGUCUAUAUUGUAAAAUAGAAUUUCAAAGAGACAUUUUCACUUUUCACAUGUUGGCCACAAAGAUAAGCUUUCAUUAAAAUAAGAAGUAAAAAUGCUAGUACCUAGGAAAUACUUUCGUGAAUUCAAGAAAGGAAGGAAAAGAAGGAAGGAAGGAAGGAAGGAAGGAAGGAAGGAAGGAAGGAAGGAAGGAAGGGAGGAAGGAAGGAAGGAAGGAAGGGAAAAGAUAGAGAGAAACAACAGUAAGAACCACAUUUUAAGAUUUCCAUGUUCAUGAUCCAACACAAUUACUAGACAAUACAACAUUGAGAAUUAAGAGGUGGCUCAAAAAUGGAAACUAAAAGAAAGCCAUGAAAAAGUUUAAUACCUUCCUGGUAUUUUCUUAGCAAAGGUGGGGGGGGGGAGAAGUGGGGGAAAGAUAGAGAGAAAAUUACAUCAUCAGGAUGCUUUUAAGUGGAUAAUAAUAUUGACCAGAAAUUGCAUGGAAGGAGACAUGAUCUUACAUAUCUAUGUUUUUGCAUUUAAGGUUUGAGCUAAGUGGAAUGAAUAUGCAAAGGAAGUGUGAUAAGCAUCCUUUAUAUGAUCCAAGCAAGUCCAACUGCUGAUUAUAUUUUUAUAGUUUAUAGUUUUUUAUAGCUUAUCAGAAAAGCCUUAUGUUUUGGUUUGUUCCACAUUUUGAAAGCAAAAAAAAAUGUGUAUUUUUUUAUCCAUUAAUUGCCAAAUGUGAUAUAUUGCACUGAAAACAGAUCCCAACUGUCAUAUAUUAUAUGUAACAGCUUCCAGGUACUUCUCUGUGCAUUAUAGACUAGAUUUUAAUAAUCUACAGCACUGUAUAUUACUGUUAUUGUUACUGUGGAUCUAGUGGGCUUUGGUGUGUUGUGUAGCUCUCUGUGUAUUAACGCUCUCAGUCUUUAAGUCUCCAGACCAAUAUACAUGUAGAGUUUUGUACAGUGUAACUUGUGUUCAUUCCAACCACUUGGAAAUCUUCCGGAAAGUUCUACAGCUGGCUAGUCCAAGCUCUCACUGACACAUCCCCUUGAGGAACAGAUGGUGGAGGUUUUCCCAAGAAUUUGAUUAUUUGUGAUUUGUGUGUGUGCAUGCCUUUCAUACAAAUACAAAUAUUUAUUAAAUUUGCAUCCGUAUUAAAAUCAACCAUGUGCUGCAGCUACAGCAACUAUAUAUUCCAACCAAAGUCAUCAUGAGACAAUAACAUGUGGGACUACCUGGGAAAUGGGGGCCAGGCGCUCCUCAUUCAGACCAAGGACCUGCCCACCAGGAAGAUAGGACAAAAGGGGCUGAAUGCAACAACCAUUAGUUUAUCAAGGUUCGAAAGAGUUUUCUUUUAAAAUUUUAACUCAUUAAAAAUCUCUUUCUUUUAA